UCCCGACCACGUCACUUAUUGACGAGUUGCUCGCCAUUUUAUUUCCACCGCUGUGUAAGGGAGGUCGGGGCCUAAAGCGCCCAAAUACCAGGAAUCCUCAGUCUGUGUUUGGGGGACACUGGCCUAUAAGCCCCUGUUCGGACUCUUAACUAAAAUAAGCCUCAGCUCUCCAUGAUUAUGCGGCACCGUCUGCGUGACCGAGCUAAUCUUGUCUCCUCCCCGGCCUCCCGCCGCCGAGCGCUUUUACAGCCUGCAGCUCGCAUAAUACCCACCCGCCGGCCUGCGGGGAAAUCAGGAACAUGCAAUAGGCGGGUGGCUACUGUGGAGACCGAUCUGAGGUUACAGACAGGAGAAACCCCGUCACGCCCUGAAACACACUUACACGACAACAAAGACCAGCCGGGACACGGCGCGCCUUAUGAGGGAGCUUUCCUCUCGGGCAUGGAUUUUGAAGAAUUGUUGGGAGCGGAGGGGGAGGCUGCGGAAUUUCUUAAAGAAGCAGACCUCUCAGAGACUGAGGAUGUACCGCUCGCAGACCUCCUGCAGCAGAUUGUCGGCUGUGUUGAUGUAAGCAGCCCCUACAACCCGCAGGCUGAAAUAAGGCCUCAGAAAAUGGCCGCUAUAACCCGUCCAUCUAACAUGGCCGCAGCCGCUCUCUCGUCCAGAACCAACGGCCGUUGCCAGGGUAAUAAGAACGCACUGGCCGCUCGCCUCAACCGGCUGCGCAAGAAAGAGUAUGUGAACGGCCUAGAAAGCCGCGUUGCCCGACUCUCUGAGGAGAAUCAACAGCUACAAGUAGAGAGGCGCGCUUUGGAUGCAAGGGUGCGCGAGCUUGAAGAAGAAGCGCGCUAUUUGCGCGCGGUGUUGGCCAAUGACAGUGCUCUGUCGCAGCUCCUGGGACGCCUCACUGGACUGGGUGGGCUACGGCUCUCCACAUCGCUUUUCGGAUUCCCUCCUACAGCAGGUGACCACGACUACGCCCUACCUAGGGUCAAGCACGAAGAGGAGGAGCCCUCGCCCGGCGGGGUGUGUUUACAUGUGGACAAGGAGAAGGUGUCCGUGGAAUUCUGCGCACUCUGUGCAAGGAAUGCAUUCACUGCUGUCAAAAUGUAGGGUCAAGUAAACUGCUUCUUUAUUUGUUGGACAUCUUCAGCCAGAGGACAGAGCAGAGAGACCUAUAGACACUAAUGUCAUGGGAUUUGUCACAGCCAUGUGGCAGACUGUGUAUUGCUAGUGCCCCCCAUGCCCAGUGUAUCCUCUGACAUUAAUACUGGGUAAUAUAUUACUGCAGAAUGUCUAAGAUGUAGCAUUGGACUUUUAUUCGCACCAAAUCCAAUACAAUAAGGUGUUAACUGAUCCUGAUCAGUACAAACCCAAGCCAUAUGGUGAGCAGCAUACUAUGGUAUGCACACGUGUUUAAUAUGACACUGUAUUGUUUAAAGUGCAAAUAAAUUCUAUGCAACAUUAUUAGCAGAAACUGCUCUGUAGUCUAAACAUUUGGAUGCUAGAAAAGUUGCAAUGUAACCUUCCCUAGCAGUCAAAGGGUUAAACAACCAAAAACAGUAACGCAAAAAAAUGCUACUUAAUACAUAAAUGUCUUGUUUGAAUAUAUGGAACAGUGAAGGUUCCUUGGGAUGUACAGAUGAAUGUAUAAGGCCUAUGUGUAAUUCUGUAUUUAGUGGGGAGGUGGAUCACAGCCAGUAAAAUAAUGUUGCAGUAUAUUUAGAGGUGAUGCUUGAAGUCUUUGUGUAACUAUGAUACAUUACUAGUAAAUCUCUCUGACAGUUUCUUUUUUAGGUGAUUUGUCGCCUUGCUCCGUUGUAGGAGUUAAAGAGCAGUCGUUUCCACUUCGCAGCCUGUGGAUUCAGCUGUAUUUGGGAGAAGAUUCGGGACCAUCUGCUGGCCACAUGUCCUGCUUUGUUAAAAAAAAGGUAGUAUGAUACAUGAGGAUACUGAGGUAAUAUCAGGGUUUUUUUCUUCUUAUUUGUGCUGUAUCUACACAUUGAUGUGGGAAAAGCUGAGUUUUGCUUUUUUAUUAUUUAGUAAAGAACCGUUCACUUUGUGUGAUUUGAGUCUAAAAGCAGAAUAUUGCACAUUUGAGGGAUGCAAGUGUCUUAUUUUGUAGUGUAUAUAUAAACAUACGUUUUAUAGACCCUUUCGGUUAUUACCCUGUUUACCUGGAUUGGGGGUACCCAUUUAUUUAUUUUAUACACUGCUCUUAAGUCAACUACAAUAGUAUGCCCUAUAACACACUACUAGUUUUAUUUUAUAUUUAGAUUAAUCAUUUUGUACAGAUUUAAAAUGUUAAGAUUGUCUCAACUUAAAAUAUAUCUUGUAGUACAGUAGAAAUUCAGUUGUCCUUAUCAACCUGCAGGCAGUACAUAACUGAUACUGCUGUAUUUGAUUACAUGUAAGUAACCAUUUUUGCUUAAACUGACAUAAAACACCUGCAGCAUUGCAAUGAAGUAACAUACCAGUCAAUCUGAAUACAUUGUAGCAGUAGUUCAAGGGCCAAAAUGCCCCGACCUGCCAAAUUAUUGUGAGGAACUGAUUUGGAUGGGCAAGGGGGAUGCCAGUAUUUUGUCUAUCACUUGGGCAGAUGUGGAUCAGGAAUAGGCUUGUGAAGUCUUUGUUCACAUCUAGUUAUCAAAAUAGAACCCCCCCCAUACACAUAAUUUUCAGAGUUGAAUUAACAGAGGUGAGCAGAAUAAAGUAUGCUGCAAAUAUUUUUAUUAUUAUUAUUACACAUAACAUUCCAAAAAUCUUUUCUUUUUAACAUGUCUAAAUAACUGGCCCAUACAUCGUAUUUUUUAUUUUUAGUACAGUUUACCUAAAUGUACACUAUCAAUCCUUUUCGCUGUGUAUGCGGCACUGUCACAAUACUGUCUACAAGGCUCAGAAUCACAUCAGUUUGCUCAUAAGCUUUAAUUGACAAGAUGUAAAUUUCUUUAGCUAAGUGACUUAAUCUUUUUAAGGUAAAGUUUGUCAUAAUAAAUAUAUAUGAAAGAAACAGAAUAGCUGAAAUACAUUUUGAAAUGCUUUUAGAUGAUCAAAGUGAAAUGCUGACUGAGUACAAAAUCCCUUUAAUCCAGAGUUUCAUCCCUCUUAAAAUGUUUUAAGUUAUACACUUUAAAACCAUGACAUGCAUCUCAAUGUAACAUUAAUAUGAACAGUAACUCUCUGGUAGUGAUGAAUCCUUAUAAAUUUUAUACAAAUGCAUAAACACAUUUCCCAAAAUUGUAGUAUGCUUUACAUUUUGCUUUUAGAUUGAAAUCAUACAGUGACCAGUUCAAAGAAACUGCAAAGGUUUAAAUGUUUCUUUAUGCAAUGUUUGUUUCCUCAGGAUUAAUAGAAGUUACUGUAUGGUGUUAAAUCUGCUGGUUUCUUUGAAUGAAAAUGUACUAAAAUGUCUUUUUCUUUGUGUACAAAAUAGAAUCACAGGCCUUUGAUUCAUUCAUGAUACUUGAAAUUUAUUUGUAAAUAACUUUUGAAAUUGAUAGUGUUUGAAAUACAUUCGUAAUUACUAUUCUUUCUGAACCUCAAAUAACUGUUAAUUUGAUUGCAAGUAUAUUUGCUUUUGAGGUCAUUUAUUAUAGACAUUACUGGUACAAUUUGUUAGAAUGGACUGAUGCUUUAAUAAACAUUCACAUUGAAGGCUGCAAAA